UUUAUACUAGGGUUUUCCCCAUCUGUUCCUCUUCUGUCCUCUCUGUCUCCGAGUAAUAAUAAUAAUAAAAUACAACAUAUACCACUCUAAAUCCUCUCUUAAUCGGCGGACCAUCUUCAUAUCAUAUAAUUCUUAUUCUAAUAAUAAUAAUAAUUUAAUUCAUUGAUUAUUAUUCAACAAAUUUUUAGUCAAUCAAUCCAACAGAAGAAGAAGAAGUAUGGGGAGAGGAAAGUUCAAGGGGAAGCCUACUGGCCGACGUCAAUUCUCUACUCCUGAAGAGAUGCUUGCUGGGACAUCUUCUCGUCCUCGUACCUUCAAAAAGGAGGAGGCUGAACCUGUCGAGGACAUAUUCGAGGAUGAAUCUGAAGAAUCAUCCGAGGAGGAAUCGGAUAGGAGGAAGGGAACCCAGGGUCUUAUUGAGACUGAUAACCCUAACAUUGCUAGGCCUAAGACAAUGAAAGCACGAGAUGUUGAUCUGGAGAAAACGACCGAGCUAUCAAGACGUGAAAGGGAAGAGAUUGAGAAACAGAGGGCUCAUGAAAGGUUUAUGAAGAUGCAAGAGCAGGGUAAAACAGAUCAAGCAAAGAAGGACUUGGAGCGUUUGGCUCUCAUCAGACAACAGAGGGCAGAAGCUGCUAAGAAACGAGAAGAAGAGAAAGCAGCGAAAGACCAAAAGAAGGCAGAAGCACGGAAAUGAGUAUGUUUGUGCACUGGGAAAUGAUUGUCUGAAACUGGUGGUUGUCAUAUUACUAAAUGGAUUAGCUUGUAUUAGUUCCAAGAUUUAUAUGUGCCUUUGUUGGCCAUUGUUGGGGAUGUCUUUUUUCACCUUUUAACCGUUAUAAUACCCUAUUUAAAAGUAUGAUAAUUCUCUUAUUUUGCAUAA